AUGCCCUCCUCCAAAGGCGAGCCCACCGACCCUGAACUCCGCGACCGCAUCAAGGAGGAAGUCAAGGCCGAAGAGAAAGGAGGAGGCAAGGGAUCCUGGUCCGCCUGGAAAGCGGGCGAGAUGGCCCGCCGCUACGAGGCCCAGGGCGGCGACUACAAGGACACGGGCGACAACAAGAACAAGGCGCAGAAGGGGGAGCCCGAGAAGAAGUGA